UCCUUGUUACUGUAUUUUAUUUAUUUGUUGUUUCAUUGGUGUUUUAAAAGUUAAGAUCUUAAAAAUCAUCGGCAAAAUAAAAAAAAAAAUGGAGCUUUCAGCUUUUUAUAAUGAAAACCCAAAUUCAUUAUGAUCUGAGUUUUCUUUAUUUUUGUCUAUCAAGUGACUUUUCAUUUUUUUGGGUAGAAAAUGGAAAACCCAGAAGCAAAUCAUCUUCCUGAGGUGGAUUCAUUACCAGAUGGCUUUGUUGAGAGUCCUACAGAUUCAUUGGCUCCAAAAACUCCAAUUUUGGAACAAGAAAAGCCUUUGCAAUCUGAUUAUAAAGAAGAGGAUUUAGUUGCCACCGAGUUUGGAGCAGGCAAGGGCCAAAAGCAAAGAACAUUUCCAUUUCCAUUGUCUGAAGGGGACAGUUUUAAUGGUUCUUUGGGCUCUGUAGAUGGUAAAUUAGAAUGCACUGAGGUGAAAGUUGAUCUUGAAGGGGAGUAUCAAAGUAUAGAAAGAUCUGUUGAAGGUGUAUCAGAAGCAACUUUGACUCCUUUGAAAGAAACAUCUUCAUCAGAAAGUGUCAAUUCGCUGAAAGAUAAAAAACCAGAAACCACCGAAACAAAACGCAAGAAUGCAAAACGUACAUUCAAAUCUGAAAAGGAAUUCCUCGAGUUCUCUUUGAAAUAUCAACAAAUUCUUGCAGAAAGAGAUGCAGCUAUUGCUGUUCGAGAUAAACUUGAAUCACUUUGUAGGGAGUUACAACGUCAAAACAAAAUGUUAAUGGACGAAUGCAAACGGGUAUCGACCGAAGGACAGAACUUAAGAUUAGAUUUAUCAGCCAGGUUCCAGGAUGCAAUCAAGGACGCGAGCAAUAAGCUGGAAGAGCAGAAGGAUGAAUGUCUAUCUCAACUGAAGGAGAAUGAGAUGUUAAGAAAUAAGUUGAAGGAGUUUGCCGAUCAAUGUGCCCUCGCUGAACAGCAAUAUGCACAGAAGCUAAAGCAGAAAACACUAGAACUGCAACUUGCCAAUCUGAAAAUUAAACAACAUGAAGAGAAAUUGGUUGAGGAACAAGCGCAGAUGAAAGUAUACGCAGAACAAGUGUCGCAGUUAUUGGCUACUGAAAAGAAUUUACGCUUGCAAUUGACGGCUGAUGGAGAAAAAUUCCAACAGUUUCAGGAUGCAUUGUUUAAGAGCAACGAGGUCUUUGAAACAUUUAAGCAAGAGAUUGAGAAGAUGGCAAAAUCGAUAAAGGAACUGAAGAAAGAAAAUGCAUUCAUGAAGAGCAAAUGUGAGAAAUCAGAUGUUACACUUAUAGAACUAGUGGAAGAGCGGGAGCAAAUGAAGAAACAAUUACAGAAGGUAAAGAAUCAGAAAGAUAAGCUUGAAUCAUUGUGUCGAUCACUUCAAGCCGAGAGGAAGCAGGGUUCUGCCACAGGCAAUAGCUCCUCUGAACACCCGGUCACAGAUUAAAGAGACGUGGAGCCACGAAAGAAGGUUGUAGUAAUGGAGUGUAGCAUCCCACCCAGCAAUUAUUAUUGUAUAUAUAUAACUAGUUUGUCUUUCAUUGUAAGGAUAUUUAUGGCAAUUUUCUGUUAACUUUCAUUUUGAGCUAACAAGUGUUCUUUUAAUCCAAUAUAAAAGCAAUACGCUCUGAUUUUGCUUGCUUUAAUAAUAAA